AAGAGCGAAGAGGAGCAUCGAGAGGUCUGUGGGAGUCGCACUGGUACUUCCGUGGCAAUCGCAUCUUGAGAAAUAAAAAGGCGGACUGGGAGAGCGAUUACAUCAGGUAACCAAAGUAGCCCAUCAGCUGCUGAGCCUCAGCAUCCAAGUGGUCGAUAAAAAACCUCGCAAAUAAUUUAAAAAAAAUAGAAAUGUCGAGACCAAUACUGAGCAGGCCACGUACACGUGUGUAUGGCUGCAAUUACGACAAGGGUGAGUCGUACUACAAGCCAAUGGUGGAUCAUCUCGAUCGUAAAUACAGCGGAAGGCCACUAUUCCCGGAAGCUAGGACAUCACUAGCCGAUGAGAUUGCAGCGAGGCGUAGCGACAUCGGCAGCCGAGACUUGUCGGGGCCUAGAGCGAGCACCUACGCACGUGACCUUGACCUCGAAUUUGAUACACCUCGACCCCGCACCCUCGCCCCACCCCCGCACGAGGAAGACGAGGAUACAGUGUACGACAUACGCGGACAGCGUACGAAUCGUCGUAACUUGUCCGACGAUUUUGCAAGCGAAGUUGCCGCAACAACAAGACGCUUCAAAGCCCACGCAGCAAGUCUGAGUUACGACAGUGAGCAUUACGACGAUUUGCGGCGAAAUGCGAUCGAUCGACGCCAGGAGGUGAUGGAGAAAUUCACAGAGUCGGCGAAGAAUGCCCUGGAGGAGGCGGAUGUCGCCUUCAAGAGGCGCUCCAAAUUGCUGAGCGACGCGGAGGGCGAGCGCAGCGCCGCCAUGACGCGGUGGUCGAAGCUGGCGGAUGUCGAGACCGAGUCAUCGGGCGCUGCAUCACGCGCCCGCCAGACCAAGGCCCGGCUGAAUGACCUUGAGAGUGAAAUGGAGGAGAUGGCGGAGAGGCAAGCCAAACGCGAACGACGCGCUGCUGCCCUCAGGGCCCUUGUCAACGAGUCCGCCUCGUGCGACGAUUUUGUUCAGGAGUCCGUCAAGAAGACCCUCAAGAGCAGCGAGAAGCACGUGUCCUUCUAGGAUUAUUUCUAACAUCCUUUCGUCUUCCUGUUCUAUUUAUGUUAUGGCGUCCUCUCAUCUCUCUCUCUCUCUCUCUCUCUCUCUCUCUCUCUCUCUCUC